AUGCAGAUUGCCUUGCCUUUCGGAUUCACCAGCUGCAUGAAGUCCAUCAACACUGGCUGGCACGCGGGGCAGCAGUUGCUGAAGUCAGAAGCGGUGAUUAUGUCGGCCAGGCAGUCGGGGAAAUAUGAUGCCGGCAUGCGUGCCGGUACAACGCAGGUCCUAGGACAAGUCCCAAUUGCUCCUGUGGAGGAAGAUACUGGUGCUGGGCCCACCCAUGCGCAAACCGAGGCGGCUUGACUGCGAUGUCCGGCAAGGGCGGGACCGACGGGUGGAGUCGCUUCAAUGCGAUCAGUCGGA